AACACAUACUUCACACGAUACUGUCGCAUCGCACUCCGUGCUUAGUUACCUUGGCCCUGCCUAUCUACAACUCCAAAUUUCCAUCCAACAUUUACUGCCUGGCCCAGCUCGCCACCAACCCCGAAACCUAUAAUCUGCGAACUCUCUACGCGCCUUCGAUACAAACUUCAGCUAACAUACCACGUCAUGUCCUCGGACACAGCAGCGGUCGAGCUAAACACUUCUGUCACGUUCAAGAAGCGCGGUGCGAGGACCAAUGCGCGUAAACGCCCAGCAUCUCCAGUUGAGAUUGCUCAAACCACAAUAGACGACGCAGACAGUGGUGACGAUCUUCGUAUCAAGCGUCACAAAGUUGGCAAGAACCUAAUAUCCUCUACUACAUCCGAUACGAAAGUCCACAGUAUCUUCACAGAAGGCACAUCGAAUUUCAAGUCCGAGCGAACUUCUGCCAUCACAGCAAACAACGAUGCGACUAAACACUCAGAUUGGUACGAGGACGAUGGCUUCAGAAACCCGAAUCACAAGAACAUCACGUCCAGUACAUCAAGUGGUACGAAGACAACAGACGCAAAUCCGAACCCACUCGUACCAAGCCACACAAAAGCGCCUGCGAAGUUCGCUGGGCCAAUAAAGGCAGCCAAGAACGUCCGCACAAUUAUCAUAACAGACUUUGCACCCGACGUGUGCAAAGACUACAAGAAGACCGGUUUCUGUGGAUUCGGAGAUUCGUGCAAGUAUCUGCAUCAACGUGAAAAUUACGCCGCUGGUCACACACUAGACGCCGAUUGGGAUAAAAAGACUAAAGAAGAGCGAGAAGGUGGUACAAUUGUUGCUAGUGCGAAUCGAAGACUCCUUGAGACAACGAACUGCAAAGAGUCAGUGGAGGACCCAGAGGUCAAGGCGAGCAAAGAGCCCUGCAGGAUUUGUAAUGGACCUUACCGGGAGCCUGUCCGGACCAAGUGCGGGCACUAUUUCUGCUUGAAGUGUGCUAAUCCUGCGCCUAAUGUAACAGGAAUGUGCCCUCAUCAUGGAGACAAACCCUUAAAAAUAGAAUCGUCAUUCACAUUUGCUAAGAAGCUCGCAAAAUUGGUGGCAAAGCGCGAAUAUCCUGUCUAGAUGGAUGAUAGAUAUACAACUCAAGAUACCCAAGUUAUUGUGAAAAUAAAAAAAUGUUUUUAUAUGCAAACUCAGAUAUGAUACUGGACAACACAGGCUAAGAAGGUCAAAUAGGAAGGGCUCCAAUCCUGUGACUAGCAAAUUCUGGGUAGUCGAGGACAUUUCAGGCAUAUUUCAGGCAGUGAAGUGUCCCCAGACGGUGGGUAGGUACUUGCGGCGGUGAACCUCCCUCCAUCUACCGCCUGGGAUGGAUGCUCACUCCCCCAUUAGCGCAGCUGCUGUGUUGUGGUAAGGCGUCCGGUAUCUCUAACGCAAAAGCACGAGUCCCAAGGAUCCCUUACCAUUGCAGCAUCAGGCACUUUUGAUGGUCCUCAAACACAGAACCCGCCAGAUGGCUCCUUCU